UGCCAAACUUUGAUAGUACUAGAGUAUACAGACAGAAAAUAUUGUGAAAAUGUAGAAAGCGUUGGAUGCUAUUCAACAAAGAUGUAACAAUAUUUUAGUUGCUGGGUGUAUGUCAGGGUGGCUUCGUCAUGGCAAUAAGUGUUAUCAUUUCAGUCAUGAUAAGGAAUCAUGGAUCAAUGCUCUUAAUAUGUGUAAAUUGUUUGGCGGAAACCUGGUCGAAGUAGAAACAGCGACUGAAAAUAGCUACAUAGCAGCUAUUGUCAAACUCCGUGGACUAGAAUACUGGAUUGGACUUACUGAUGUCUUCGAAGAAGGUAUAUGGCUUUGGAUAUCAAAUAAAAACCAACUUUCUGACAGCGGUUAUGUUAACUGGAGACAUGGCGAGCCAAAUAACGAAAGAUCUAACGAAAACUGCGCUGAAAUGGAAACUUCUGGAUUGUGGAACGACGACUCUUGCGAUAAGUCUCAACACUUCAUUUGCGAGACUGUAAACAGGUAA